GAGACUAACAGCUUUGUUUGACUAGACUUGUUGAAGUAGAAUUUAACAAUUUAUCUAAUGAAAGCGAGUUUUAUUGCAGGAAGGACUUUCUCUGUCAGUAACAUCAUUUUAAUUAUAGCUAUUAUUGCAACAUGCAUUGGAAUGUUGCUAGUUUUCAUCAUUGCGACAAUUUUCAAGAGGAUUAAGAGAAUUAAAAUUUUAAGGGAGGUAACACAGAGUGAUAGAAAUAUUGAGGCUUUUAUAAGAAAUUACGGAAGUCUAGCUCCCAAAAGAUACCGCUUUUUAGAUGUCAAGAAAAUGACCAAUUCGUUUAAAGAAAAACUUGGCCGUGGUGGUUAUGGAGAUGUGUACAAAGGGAAUCUACCAAAUGGUCGUUUUGUAGCUGUGAAGAUCCUUAAUGCAUCUAAAGGGAAUGGUGAAGAAUUUAUUAAUGAAGUUGCGAGUAUUAGUAGAACUUCCCAUGUCAAUAUUGUUACACUUCUAGGAUUUUGUAAGGAGGGUAAAAAGAGAGCUUUGAUCUAUGAGUUCAUGCCAAAUGGAUCUCUAGACAAGUUCAUCUUCAAAGAAAGCACUUUAGAUGAUAAUCAGCACUUGGGUUGGGAAAGGCUAUACAAUAUUGCAAGUGGAAUAGCACAAGGGCUUGAGUACUUGCACCGUGGAUGCAACACAAGGAUUUUGCAUUUGGACAUAAAACCUCAAAACAUUCUUCUUGAUGAAGAAUUUUGUCCAAAGAUUUCUGAUUUCGGACUAUCAAAACUAUGCACUAGAAAAGAUAGUAUUGUGUCAAUACUAGAGGUUAGAGGAACAAUUGGGUAUAUAGCUCCAGAGGUUUUUAACAAAAACUUUGGAGCUGUUUCACACAAAUCAGACAUCUAUAGCUAUGGAAUGAUGGUUCUUGAAAUGGUUGGGGGAAAGAAGAGCGGGGUAGGUGCUAGCAGUGAGUAUUUUCCUUAUUGGGUUUAUCGGCAUCUAGAAUUAGUUGAUGAACUGCAAGGUCUAAGGUCUAAAGUAGAAACUGAUAUUGAAAAGAAGAUGAUAUUGGUGGGGCUAUGGUGCAUACAAACAAAACCUUCUGACGGGUCAUCAAUAAAGAAGGUGAUUGAGAUGUUGGAAGGAGGUGUAGAAGCCUUGCCAAUUCCACCUAGGCCUUUUCUUUCUUCUCCUCCAAGACCUCUACAUGAUUUUGCUACUACAUCAAGUUGGGAUACUGUAUCAUUGGUAGAUUAAUAUGUGUACCUCUGGUUUAUCUUUUGUGUCCUUCAAAAAUAAUUUUUAUUUGUUAUUAAUACUAUAAAUAUAAGUCUUUGAUAUUACAAGGCUCAAGGAUACUUCAAGUUAGGUUGAUAUAUUUGUUUUCCCUAUAUUUGGUUUGAGUGAGUUAUUGGCUCGUGACAUUAGAAUUACAGGAUAAUGUGGUAAAUAUCCAUGGUGGGGUCUUUAACUUGACAUGAUCAAUGAAAGAUGAAAGUGUGA